AUGCAUGAAGCUGCUUCUAAUGUCAAUGAUAAGAUCUGGGUUUUUUGGGAUAAGGAAUUCACUGCCAAGGUCCUAGAUCAUGAUGAGCAACAACUGUCUUUGGAGAUGAAGCAUGUUGAAAAUGGCAACUUAUUUCACCUAACAGUCAUUUAUGCCAAAUGUAAACCAGUUCUCAGAAGGCCACUGUGGGAAGUUUUAAGGCAGAAAUCAACAAACUGCAGUGUACCAUGGUGUGUCAUAGGAGACUUUAAUAUCAUUGCUUCUGUAGAAAAAAAGAUUGGUGGCAUUCCAUACCAGAUGUCCAAGAGUCUUGAUUUUUUGAGCAUGAUGGAGGACUGUGGCCUUGUGGAUUUGGGUUUCUAUGGUCCUAAAGUCACAUGGUCUAAUGGAAGGGGCAAUGUUCUAUUGUAUGGAAAAGAAUAUGGGGACAUCUUCCAAAAACCUAAAGAAUUUGAACAAAAGGUGAAGGAUGUAGAGAUGAUAUGGACUCAUACAAACAAUGAUACUGAUAGAGCAACAAUCAAUGAGCUUAAGGCUCAAUAUGUUAGACAUUUGAAGGUUGAGCAGGAAGUUCUGAAACAUAAAACACAACUCAAAUGGUUCAAAGAAGGGGAUGCCAAUUCUAGAUACUUCCAUAGUUUAAUCAGAGGAAGAAGAAAGAAGUUGUUCAUCCACAAAAUCAAGAAUGAGGAAGGUGAAUGGAUUCAAGGUGAUGAAAAUAUUGGGAAGGCUGCUUGUGGCUACUUCCAAGACCUCUUCACAGACCCUGGUUCGGUCAUUAGGGAAGACCUGCUUUCCAUAAUUCCAACCAUGAUCUCUAGUGAUGACAAUGCCAUUCCCACCAAGGAUCCUUCUAUGACAGAGCUCAAGGAAAUAGUUUUCUCCAUGAAUCCUUCUAGCCACAAUCAGAAGAAUUCAAGCAGAGAUAGGAUUUUCUAG